GCCUGGGCGAGGGCCUAUCAGGGGCGGGCGGGCGCGGCGGGCGCCGGAGCCGGUUUGACGGAAGGAGCGGCGGCGGCGGCGGCGGCGGAGGAUGGAGGCGGUGGUGUUCGUCUUCUCUCUCCUCGACUGUUGCGCCCUUAUCUUCCUCUCGGUGUACUUCAUAAUUACAUUGUCUGAUUUAGAAUGUGAUUACAUUAACGCUAGAUCAUGUUGCUCGAAAUUAAACAAGUGGGUAAUUCCAGAGUUGAUUGGCCACACCAUCGUCACAGUAUUAAUGCUCGUUUCACUGCACUGGUUCAUCUUCCUUCUCAACUUGCCUGUUGCCACUUGGAAUAUAUAUCGAUUCAUUAUGGUGCCGAGUGGGAACAUGGGAGUGUUUGAUCCGACGGAGAUACACAACCGGGGGCAGCUGAAGUCACACAUGAAGGAAGCCAUGAUCAAGCUCGGCUUCCACCUGCUCUGUUUCUUCAUGUAUCUUUAUAGUAUGAUUUUAGCUUUGAUAAACGACUGAAGCCCGAGGAGCUGCGCCCGAGUCCGUCUGCAGCGCGCAGCCCGGGAGCCACAGGCAGCCGAACUCCUCCUCAGAACCGUGACCAUAGCAGUAUAUUUUUUCCUCUUUGAACAAAAGAAAAAUAUUUUUGCUGUAUUUUUACCAUAUAAAGUAUUUAAAAAACACGAAUUGAGUUUUUGUAGAUUUCUGGUUCUCAACUUUAGCCCAAACCCUGACCCACUCCUCAUCGUCUGUGUGUUGAAGAUUGUCAUCCGUACGUAGCGGUGGGAGCACCACGCCAGCCUCGUGCACCAGAGAAACAAAGGACACACAUCAAAGGGAAAGCCCUCCAGACGCUCUGCUGAGAAGGCAGAGUGCAGAGCAGUGCUGUUGAUCUGGGCAGAGGAAGAGAGAUAUCCCUCUUGCGGCGGCUUUGUGGAUUUAAUUCAGUAUAAAGAUGUAUGGGACUGUCAGCUCAAAGUCUUUUCACAAGAAUGUUAACAGAAAAUGGCAUUUCAAAAAAUAUAUCUUUCUUUGCAGAAUCUGUGAAACCCCAUAAGCCAUUUGUCCAGGUACGAUGUAAUUCCUGCUUCUAGAAAGGAAAAUAAAUCAAAAAUUCAAAAUUU